AUGGUUGAACAAGAGUAUUGGGACGAGGAUUUGGAUCCGAAGUCCCUCAAGGUAGCCGAGUUGCGGAAGAUCUUGUUGGAAAAUGAUAUCACUUUUAGUGGCCAUGACAAGAAAAGCGAUUUAGUCCAGUUAUUCAGGAGUAAUGCUAGGAUAAUACGGGCGAAUGCACUUAGAGUGAAAGAUGCGCGACCAGACUCUGCUGGUGUGCAGAAGGUACGCAGGGAUGGAAAGGUGAAAGAAGGCGCAGCGCAGAGGGCUGGAGGGAAGACCAGACGGGCGACGCGCAUCUCAUCUGCAGGAUCUGCGGAGGGCGAUUCCACGUUUGAAAACACAUCGGGGGUGGCAGAGGUGUCGAGUCCCUUCAGCGAUGUGAAUGAGUUUCAGCUGCACGCCAAUCCGCGAAAGCGGCGGAAGGACGAGGCGGAUGCAGAAGAUGAGAGCGACGGCGAUGGUGGAGCGGCAGCGAGACGCGUCAAACCUAAGAGGGGGAAAGUUACCGCCGAUCAACACAGACUGGCAUCUACAACUGCACAGGAGCGUAAUGCGCGCCGUUCGCCUAUCGCAGAAAAGGUGCAGUCGAAGCGCACUCCCACGAAGACCGGUCAUCGUUCACUAAUGAUACACAAGUUCGAAUCCUCUAGCGAGGACGAUUCUUCUGCUACAACAACUCCAGCCAAGAAGCUUCUGGUCUUCGAUCGCUCCUCUGAGAAAAAGCCAGAGAUCACUGACUUUACAUAUCCCGCGAGGAAGUACGCGGCGCCUGAUCUAUCAAAGUUGAAGGUCAGCCCUGAGUUCAAGGCGAAACUCGCGCAACUACAGGCAUCAAGCUCCAAAGCACAAAGUCCCCAAAGGGCUGGCGUAACCGAUACAGUGGAGUCGGAUGAUUCCUCUGUAAACCAAGCCGAGUCUAACUCUGAAGAUAACACUGAAACAAAUAGCACCAACUCAGUUUCUUUACGCAGACUUCGUGAACAGAAAAACAAUGUGGUGGCUCCUAGUACCAAGCACAACGUUUCUUCGAACAAGGGCACCCCCGUGAUAUCUGGUAACAAGGCUGUUGUUACCUCGACGAAGGACACGCCUGUGAAAUCUGGCACCAGAUCGGGCGCUGCCGCGAUCAGGGAUACCCCCGUGAAAUCUGGUACCAAGCCUGGUGUUUCCUCUACCAAGGGCACACCCGUGGCAUCUGGAACCAGGCACGCUGUUUCCUCAGCCAAAGGCACGCCUACUAAGGCUACCUCCGAACGGCUGACACAUAUCACCACCAAGGACUCCAGUAACAACCGCGCUAAAACGAGAAAACAGCAUAAAGUAGAGCACGAUAAACGUGAGAGUUUGAAGUCAGAGUCAUUGAGGGUUUCCAGUUCAAAGGCGCAGUCAACUUCGGUCAAUUCUAAAAUCGGCCGUUCAAAUACUAAGGCUGAAGAAUGUGUUGAGUCGGGCCCCGAAGAAGUGCCGGAAGACAAAGUCACGGACCAUUCUGAACUUGAAGAAGUAUCAGUUAAUGAAGAGACAGCUAUUGAGACAGUUGGUGGCGUGCGAAUCUUCUUUAACUACUUGAGACAUUGUGCGGUAAAACUGUUUACAUUCCUGUUAAUUGUUGUACCUAUCCUGUUUGGUCUAUGGUACAGGGAACAAAGAGUACUGAUAGGUUACUGUGGACAUGAAAUUAAUCUUCCAACCUUCACAAACACCGACAGUUCGCCGUUCCUUUCUCAAUUGGAUUUGUUUUUGCGGGAGGCAAAGCCAGCUUGUCUUCCAUGCCCAGAAAAUGCAAUUUGCUAUCCAUAUAUGAAGAUCAAAUGUAGGCCGGACUAUUCAGUCACACCUUCAAUUCUUUCUUUAUAUGGCUUAUUCCCUGUCAGUGAUAAAUGUGUCAAGGAUUCUAAGCGGGAAAAGUUAAUCGCUGAAGUAGUCCACAAGUCUUUAGAGCUUCUAAGGACUAAAAAUGCUCAAAUUCAAUGUGGAGAAUGUGAAGACGAUACCAUCAGUGGUAUCUCUGAAAAUGAACUAUAUCAAAUAUUUUUUGAAUCUAGGGCACCAUGGAUGAAUGAAGACGAAUUUCGGGAUAUAUGGCAACAGGUGGUUAAGGAUCUAAAAACUCAACCAGAGAUAGUUUGCAGGCAAGUGAGUAUUGAUCGACUAAAUGUUUUACCCUUUGUUUUAGACAAUGAUUUACUAACAAACUUGUUACAGGUUCCCACAAGAAGAACUUUCAUUCCAAGCGACACCGACGACCUCUUUGAGGCCGAUGACAUUCAAGAACAGGAGAGAUAUCUUCAACACACAGAGGAAAAGGAAUAUUUUCGCUCAGUAUCCAAGAAGUACAUCGGUAUCAGGUGCCAAUUUGAAAGGCAAGUAUAUAGAACUUACAAGCGUUUUACGCUGAUUUUUUGGGGUUCACUAAUUGUGGUUGUGAUAAUGCAGGUAUUAAAAAUAAAGUUGCAACAUCGUUUCAAGCAACAGGGCAUGGUGGAAGAUUUGAAUUCUCAAGUCAUUGAAAAAUUGCAACAAGCAGCGCAGUCUAAGACUGAGGGUGAACCUAGGUACCUCAGCACUGUUCAGUUGCGGGAUGUUUUGUUGUCAGAUGUCGCCGAUUUGAAAUACAAGAAUCAUCUAUGGAAUAAAGUUGUCCACAAACUAGAAAGUAACAACACGAACGUGAAAACCAUGUUAAUGGAAGUUCAUGGGGAAAUCAUGAAGUGUUGGGAAUGGGUUGGCCCAGUGGAAUAG